UUACCCAAUCUUUUUGAAUAUUGUUAUAAUUAUUUAUAUUAUUACUCUUCUCUCUCUUUACCAAAUUUUUCUUUUUUCUUUUCUUUUUCUAUGUGAAAGAAGCAAAACGGCAGAGGGAACAGGUAAGAUGGUUGUAGCAGUGACGACGGCGACGGGAAUGGAAUCGCUAAGCGAGAGAGCAGCGAAGAUGAGAGAAAGUCUUCAAAAGAGCCAAACGAUAACUGAUAAUGUUGUCUCUAUUCUUGGCUCUUUUGACAGCCGCCUUUCUGCUCUUGAAACCGCUAUGCGUCCUACUCAGAUAAGAACACAUGCUAUAAGGAAAGCUCAUGAGAACAUUGAUAAGACUUUAAAGUCUGCGGAGGUUAUAUUGGCUCAAUUCGAUAUUUCUCGGCAGGCAGAGGCUAAAAUACUUAGAGGACCGCACGAGGACUUGGAAAGUUACCUUGUGGCCAUCGAUCAGCUAAGAAGCAACAUUCGUUUUUUCAGCAGUAGUAAAGGCUUUAAGAGCAGUGAGUCAGUGCUCAAUAAUGCAAAUAGCUUACUUGCUAAAGCUAUUUCGAAGCUAGAAGAGGAGUUUAGGCAGCUAUUAGCAUCUUACAGCAAGUCUGUUGAACCUGAUCGUCUCUUUGAGUGCCUUCCUGAAUCGAUGCAACCAUCAGCUGGAUCGCCUUUAAACCAUAACGGUGGCAGAAAUCAUUCUGAGCAGCCAAAUAAUAAUCCAGAAACUGGGGCUUUCAAACAUCUUACUCUCAUUCCUCCAAGGAUUCUACCUUUGUUGCACGAUUUAGCUCAACAAAUGGUUCAAGCUGGACAUCAACAGCAGUUAUUUAGUAUUUACAGGGAUACCCGCUCUUCAGUUUUGGAAGAAAGCCUCCACAAGUUAGGAGUAGAAAAACUCAGCAAAGAGGAUGUCCAAAAGAUGCAAUGGGAGGUGUUGGAGGCCAAGAUUGGGAAUUGGAUACAUUUUAUGCGCAUUGCUGUGAAAGUCCUGUUUGCUGGAGAAAGAAGAGUUUGUGACCAAAUAUUUGAGGGGUUCGAUUCUCUUCGAGAUCAGUGUUUUGCUGGAUGUACUGCUAGUAGUGUCUCAAUGCUUCUUAGUUUUGGGGAGGCAAUUGCCAGAAGCAAAAGAUCACCUGAAAAGUUAUUUGUACUUCUAGACAUGUAUGAGAUUAUGAGAGAACUUCAUUCAGAGAUUGAGGCUGUUUUCAAGGGUAAAGCUUGUGCAGAAAUUAGGGAAUCUACAUUUGGUUUGACUAAACGGCUUGCACAAACAGCUCAAGAAACAUUUGGUGAUUUUGAAGAAGCAGUUGAAAAGGAUGCAACAAAAACUGCUGUAUUGGAUGGAACGGUCCAUCCCCUAACAAGCUAUGUGAUUAACUACGUGAAAUUUCUAUUCGACUAUCAAUCAACCUUGAAACAACUCUUUCAAGAAUUUGAGAAUGGAGCUGAAACAAGUUCACAGUUAGCUUCUGUGACGAUGCGAAUAAUGCAGGCUCUUCAAACCAAUCUUGAUGGAAAAUCUAAGCAGUAUAAAGAUCAAGCUUUGACUCACUUGUUUCUCAUGAAUAAUAUUCACUACAUGGUCCGAUCUGUGCGCAGAUCUGAAGCCAAGGAUUUGUUAGGGGAUGAUUGGGUUCAAAGACAUAGAAGGAUUGUGCAACAGCAUGCAAAUCAAUACAAAAGGAAUGCAUGGGCAAAGAUUCUCCAGUGUCUGUCUGCACAAGGCUUAACAUCAUCAGGGGGUGGUAGUGCAGUACCUGGCGAGGGAGGAAGUGGAAGUGGAGCUUCGAGAGGCAUUGUCAAAGACAGGUUUAAGACUUUCAAUAUGCAAUUUGAGGAGCUUCACCAAAAACAAUCUCAGUGGACUGUUCCUGACACUGAGUUGCGAGAGUCUCUAAGGCUUGCAGUUGCUGAAGUCUUGUUACCUGCCUAUAGAUCAUUUGUGAAACGUUUUGGGCCUUUAGUUGAGAGUGGUAAGAACCCCCAGAAGUACAUUAAGUACAACCCAGAGGAUCUGGAAAGGAUGCUGGGUGAAUUUUUUGAAGGGAAGACUUUGAAUGAGCCCAGGCGGUAAAUAUUAUCCCGUGAGCUGGUGCGGUUUUUGACCUUGUGCUGCAAUCGUACAUAUGAUGGCACCCUGUCUGGGAAGUUUCAAGUGAUUAGCUUCUUUUCACCCACUGUGGUGGUGGCUGUUUCGUUAGAAGGUGGUGGGGCGGUAGCUGCAGCGACAUUGGUAUUAUUGAGGGUUUCAUAUCUACCCAGCAGCUACCGAUUGUAAAGGCUGUGAAUAAACUAGAAGGUUAAAAUAAGGUAAAUGAAAGAUCAUGUACUAUAUUAACUUUUCUGGUAAAAAGUUUUAAGAAUCUUUAUUCUCUGUCAGUGGUGUGACCUGUUGAAUGUUUUGUAGUCUAAUCCUACAGGUUUACCUUUCUCUUAACAGAGCAGUGUCUUCAAACUUUACACUCAAUGUAAACGUUUAUGAACAUUAAAACUUUGGGUGAAUUAAUAAUUCUUCUAAUAUUGUAUUCA